UUCACAUCCGCUUUACAGCCCUGCAUCGAGUGAUGUUUUCUCAUUUUUGAGGUUUAUGUUAAACGUUAUUACGAAAAACAGCGUCUAAAGAUUAGUUUGUGCGUGUCUGUUGUAAGCUAUGGUGAAGUUUUGGACCUCCUGGUGAUAAAGUGGGUGUCAUGCAGAGACGCCACAGCAGCAACCCCGAGGGCAUGCCACCAGAAAGGAACAGGAGUCAAACUCUCGGUUCAGAGAGCAGCCUUGAUGAAGGGGGAGUGUUUGACUGUCUGAAGCCAGACUCUCCUACAUCGCCUCAGCAGCUCUUCUCUGGUCUGGUGGGUGUCUCUGCUGGGAACGUGUCCUCCGCUCCUUUCCAGGCUGCGGGGCUGGUUCUGGGUUCUCCACCGGAUGUCUUCAUCCAGAUGGUGUCCUCAUCGAGAGACGAAGGUUCUCACCGAACGGAGAACUCACCUUAUCUCCCUCUCCCUCCUCAGCACCAUCAUCAUCACCGGUCCGGCCAGCACUGCUCUUCUCUCCUGCAUGCGGCCACCUCUGCUGAGAGACACGGGAGCAGAGAUGAUGGAAGUGAUGAUGUCUCUGCACCAGCUCCUGCUCUCUCUGAGCUCAAGGCCAUGGUCACAUGGCUUCAGAGGGGAUUCCCUUUUAUCCUCAUUCUCCUCGCUAAAAACUGCUUUCAGCACAAGCUUGGAAUUGCUAUUUGCAUUGGAAUGAUCAGCACAUUUGCCUUUGCUAACUCAAAGCUGAAGCAUCAGGUGGCAUUGCGGGAGGACAGGUCUGUGUUUACCACCCUCUGGAUUAUGAUCUUUCUCGCUGGUAACAUUGUGUAUGUGUAUUACACGUUCAGUGCAGAGGAACUUCACAACAGCCUUAUUUUUGCGAAGCCAAACAUCAACAGUUAUGAUUUCUUUGACCUGAUCUGGGCUGUUGGAAUAACAGAUUUUGUGCUGAAAUAUUUCACCAUCGAGCUUAAAUGUCUCAUACUGUUCCUGCCUAAAAUGAUCCUCGCUUUCAAGUCCAGGGGGAAGUGUUAUCUGCUCAUAGAGGAGCUGAGUCAGCUCUUCAGAGCUUUGGUUCCCAUCCAGCUGUGGUACAAGUACAUCAUGGGUGAAGAUCCAUCCAGCAGCUACUUCCUCGGAGCAACGCUGAUUAUCAUCUACAGUCUUUGUAAGUCAUUUGAUUUGUGUGGAAGAAUAUCUGGCAUUCGGAAAGCAUUCGUCAUUCUCUGUAGCUCACAGAGUUACGGUACAAGAGCCAGUGCUCAGCAGUGCAGUGAAGCCGGGGAUGUGUGUGCCAUCUGCCAGACUGAGUUCAGAGAGCCAAUCGCACUGCUCUGUCAGCAUGUGUUCUGUGAGGAGUGUUUAUGCCUGUGGUUUGACCGGGAGAGAACCUGUCCGUUGUGUCGGUCAGCGGUGGUCGAAACUCCGCGCAACUGGAAGGACGGCACAACGUCGGCACACUUUCAGAUCUACUGAAUGGAGACCCAGCUGAUUGAUGAAGGUUUUCAGCUCCACUAGAAUCAGAUUAAACAUGCAUAAAACGUUCCUGUUUGUAAUGUUGUAUAAUGGGAAGUGUGACAAUAUGUUACGUCAAUGAAUUUAAUGUACAAUUGCACCAUUACAUUAUGUCCGAUAACAGUGAUAA